AUGGUUAAGGAUACAAAGCUAUACAAUUUACUCGGCGUUGAGCCAACUGCUAAUGAAGCAGAGAUUAAAAAAGGAUACAGAAAACAAGCAUUGAAAUACCAUCCUGAUAAACCAACUGGAGAUACUGAAAAGUUCAAGGAGAUUUCCGAAGCAUUUGAUAUUUUGUCCAAUCCCGACAAGAGAGAAGUGUAUGAUCAAUACGGUCUAGAAGCAGCAAGAGGUAAUGCGCCAGCUGCUGACCCUGGCAAUCCAUUCGGAGGAGCGGGUGGUGGUGCUGGUGGCUUCAACUUUGGUGGUGGAAGUGGUGGUGGUUUCAGGUCCUCAGGUGGAGGUUUCUCUCAAGCCGAUGCAUUCAACAUCUUUUCACAAAUGGGUGGUUUUGGUAUGGGAGAUGAUGGUUUCACUUUUAGUCUGAGUGGUUUCGGUGGUGGUGCUGGUGGGUCUCCAUUUGGUGGUGGCGCUGGCGGUUUCAGAUCAGCUGGUGGUGGUAUGCCAGGUGGAUUUGGUGGUCGCCAGCAGCAAAGACCAGAACCAGAUACUGUAUCAAUACAACUACCAGUAUCCUUGGAAGACUUGUAUAAAGGUGCUACUAAAAAGAUGAAGAUUACUAGAAAAGAUGCCAAUGGAACCAGAGAACAAAAAGUAUUGGAAGUUAAUAUAAAACCAGGCUGGAAGUCAGGUACAAAGAUCAAUUUCGCCAACGAAGGUGACUACCAACCAGAAUGUGGUGCCAGACAAACUAUACAAUUUGUUAUACAAGAGAAACCCAACCCCAUCUUCAAGAGGGAUGGAAACGAUAUAAAGAUGAAUGUUCAUUUAUCAUUCAAGGAAUCACUUUGUGGGUUUGAAAAGGAUGUUACCACUUUGGACGGAAGAAGGAUUUCAUUAAGUAGAUCCAGUCCCGUUCAACCAAACUCAACCACAAACUACCCAGGUUUGGGAAUGCCAAUAAGUAAAAGUCCUGGUCAAAAAGGUGAUUUGGAAAUCACAUACAAGGUCGACUAUCCAUCAUCAUUAACCCCAGCACAAAAGCAAGCUAUUUUGGACAACUUCUGA